UUGUGAAUGAAAGUGAUUUCGUUACAACGAGAUUAAAAAUAAGAAGACUUUUUAAAAAUAUAUUGAACGAUCCCAUUACUUAAAAUUACUGACAGUUAAAAGUCAAACGUCUUUACGAUCCCAUAUUUGUGCGAGCUCGAAAGCUCCCCUUCCCCCGUAAUUUUUCAUGUUUGUGUCUUUCUCUUGGCAGUGAAUUGGGAAAAAUUCUAGGGAAGAUUGUAAUUUGUGAUCCGGCAAGGUUACGUUAUCCGUGUAAUAUCAUUUUUUCGCGAAAUAUUUUUUUACCAGUCGUCGAUUAGUAUUAAUACAAUAUAUAAAGUGAAGCAAUCAAUUACGAGCUUGUUUCUGUGAAUAUCGUAAGAAUGGCUGGCACCGGAAAUUCUGAACCUGUUUCGAUUAUGAGUAAACUCGGCCUGCAACCGGUGACCAAAUGUAGCCUUGUUAAAUUUUACGUUCCAGCAAUUGGGGUUGGAUCUCUCACCGCUUUGUCCGUCAAUGUUAUGAACCCAGACCUCAUUAUCAGAUUAUUCCCUAAACGAGAUAUCACAAACGUCUUGCUGGGUAGCGCACUUGUCGGAACUGCAUCUUACAUUUAUACGAGAGAUCAUUUAAAGACUGCCCCCACAUGUAUGCGAAUCACAUACAGCGCAACAGGUGCAGUACUUUUGAGUUUUGGAUCUGUGCUGGCAUGGGCGGUACUUCGCUCAAUCGUCCCACCAAAUCCAACAUUGUGUACGGUCGCUGGAAUCGGAUCAGGCCUGGCUCUCAUAAAGAUUGGCUCGAGCUAUCUUGACUUUGUUGAUCAACAAGUCGUCAAGAAAUAGAGAGAGGAAGAGAAUAAAACCAGCAAGUUCUAAAUUCACAAUAUUUCUAGAAUUUCAAAGACAACACGUUAUUGUAUUGUCGAACAAAUUAUCCUGUGAGCGUAUUAUUUUUCAUUCGUUUAUCACCCUUAACGAGUUCCUUGUGUCUGAUUCGUUGACAAAUAAUCGUCACAUCCUUUUUUGUUACCUGUCGAUGCUACGUUCUCGUACAUUUCGAUGAAAUGUGUACACACAUUUUCACUGUUAAAAAAAUACUAAGACCGAUUUUAUAUUGACGUUAGUCUCGACUUGAAAGUAUACCAAAGGAUGUCAAGUCCGAGGAACACAAGGCCAUUGGUUUCUCUGUAUAAAAUAUUGAUUUCCAACCGAUGUUGGUCGUUUGUAUAAAACAAUAAAAAGUAAAAAAAUGA